UUUUAUCUCCACUAAUAAAGAACUCGCAAAAUCAAAUAAGUCAAAAGCGAAAAGAGAAGUUUGUUAAAUAUGGCAGAUAAAAACGGAUAUACUAGUGUAAAAACAAAUACCGACAACUUGAAGAGGACGGGUACAAAACGAUCUACCAAAAUUGUCGCUUGGUGUCUGAUAAUAUUAAAUGUGUUACUGCUGGCUGCACUGUUAAGUCUAGUGAUAGGAUGGCGGGAAUACAGAAAGAAAAGCCUAACUCCACAUGAACAAACCGUAUGUCAAAAUUGCACCGAAAUCGGGCUUGAUGGCAAGGAAUUACCAGAGGAAAUGGCCGCAAAGAUAACAAGAGAUAUGACUGGCAAUUCGACGGAAUGGAUUUGCUGUGGAUAUACAAGUGAUGUUUUAAACUGGAUGGUUACUAAGGCAAUACACGACAGAGGAACAAGUGUCAAGUCAAGUAUUUAUCCGUUGAUAUCUAAAGAGUGCAAGAAGACAACACAAGCAAAGCCGUCUGCGCAAGUCAACGGAAUAUCAGUGUCAGAAAUGACAAAAGAACAAACAGACGUAAUACAAUGGAAUACAACUGAAUCUUCAUUUAUUGGAGAAGGGAUCACUUACAAAAAUGGCAGACUGACUAUCAAACAGCCGGGCUACUAUUACAUAUUUUCACAGAUAAAGCUGAGAAAUAUUCCUCUUUCAUACUCGACAAGUGACGUAUUCGCGAGUGAAACUUUGCCUAAUCACUGGAACCAUUAUAUUUUCCACGUCUCAAGUGAAAAUGGAAAAGAACAAAAGAUUCUCGAAAGUAGUAAGUCGCGUUGUGAAAUGCCAUCUUUUGGGGAUGAGACUACAAGUUCAUUUGGUGCAGUAUUUUACCUGGCAGAAAAUGACGAGGUUUUUGUAAAUACUUCCCAUCCACAGUAUCUUGCACCUUGUCAAGAAGGGAACCAUUUUGGUUUAUACAUGACUUGACAUAUAUUGUAAAAUAUCAUCUGUGACACACGUGAUCCCUUGGAAUGGAAUGUUCCAUUCGUUUAUUUAUCGUCUCACUUGUAUGUUUGUGUAUUCAUUAUGUAUAUAUUUUCUAGUGAUUUCAGUUGAAGACUAUUUCAUUGGAAAUAGAUAAAUGACAGGGUUCUGCAGGCGUUGUUGUGAUCUACAGAAGUUGAAGUUCAAUGAUAUUACACAUUAACUUAUUUCCUAUAUUCAUUUAAACAAUAUGACAAAUAAAAUAGGGUUCAUAGAGUAUCUUGAUCUCCAAUUUUGUUUGGUUCGAAAGGAUUUUUCAGGCCUGGAUCCCAUGUGGGCCUUUCGAUGGGAAAAUAGUAAAAUCAGUUGAAUAGAUGCUGUAUUUGAGAUAAAAUAUUCAGAUGUAUAUAAUAAACUUUGUUAUUAUUUGACAUUAGCUUGUACGAUAAACUUAUAUGUGCAUAAUUAUUUAACGAUUGAUAGAACAUACUUUUUCUACAAUAAAAAGUCUAUAAUGCCUAAACAUCAUACUCUUAUCAGUAAUAAGACCUUUUUUCGUUAUGUUAAUGUAAAAUAUCAUAAAGCAGAAGGGGUGAAAAUUUUCUCACCAGUCCUAUAAAGUAACUGGUCAAUGGUUUAUUCGAUUAGAUGAAGUAAAUAAGACGACGUUUCUGUGUUAACAUGUAUUGAACAAACACAAGAAAUAAAUAAUUUGAUUUCUGCAAAUAAACAGAAAAAGGCCCGGGUUAAUCGAAAUGAAAUGAUAAUUAAUAAAGAUAAUGCUAAUUUAUAUUUCGGAGUAUGUAAUAUAUCAUUACACAAUGUUUAUUAGAUAAUUCUAUUCAACGAACCGGUUUUAUGCAUCUUAAAUGUGUUUUUGCAAUAUUAAAAACUUCUGCGAAAAUUUCCUUUGGAAGCUCAACUCAACUCAACCAAAAAUAUAAUAGUAGACUCGGUUUAAUUGAGUCUUUUCAUUAGAGGUAAUGCAAUUUGCAAUAACGAUCAUCAUGCCCCGAAAUACAGGCUUAUGCGGAAUUCUAUUACAGUAUAUAUGAUGUUCGAUCCCAAUGAAUCGGAAAAUAUAACGACACUGCUUGCAAGUUCAAGGAGACACUCUGCACUUAGAGGCAAUACACAAAGCUGCACACAAUACGUUUAUGCUGGAUUAUGAAAUAAUUCAUAAAAUAAUUCAUUUUUCUUUUGCAAGCUGUUGUCUGCAUGUGCUUUGCUUGAUAUUUUUGUCAUCAGAUUUUCUCCUUAAUAUGGUACUGUUGCAGCCGUAUUUCAUGACAGCGAUUAUUAUUUUCUAGCGUUUGUAAUUUUUAUUUUAAUCAUAAUCAAAUCUUUAGUUAGUGCAUGUUUCAUGAGCAAUUAGAUUUGCAUCUGUUAAGUUUAUAAACGCACUGAGGUACGUGUAACCACCGAACCUAAUUUUACCUGAUACUCAGAAAUGUUCAAAGUUCUUCCUUCUAUAGAAAGCAUAGAUUUAUUGUAAAACUCCUUAUUGGAUAAAUAUUUCCUCUUUAAAUCCUUUGUUUAGAAACUGGUUGCAUUUUUUGUAUUCAUAUCAUUAUGUUUAAAACCUGUUUAUAUUGAAGUCAAUAAAACUAAAGAUAUAAA